AUCACUUUUUUGGAGCAAUCCAGUAGGAAGAAGAUUUUUCUUAUUUACAACGUCAGUAUAAAAGUAGGAGUAUCCAUUAACAGGUUGAUUCACAAAUAUGAUUAUUUAGUACGAAAUGGUUCUACCGAACCUAAAAGAUGGGGACAAUAUGUAGAAUCAACAAGAAACACUCUAUCCUUGUGUGGUGGAUCUUGCUCACCAUCACCUGAACAUGCCAGCUACAAACUACAAGGUUUGACAUUGUAACUAGAACAGCUUUGCACCGACGAUACAAGCACAAAAAUACAAAAAUAAAGUUAUGCAUGUGUUUACGCCAGGAUCCAUCACUAUGAUAAACCGCCAUAAUGAUUCUUGCUGUUAAUUACCGAAACAUGACAACGUGACAUCUCACAAGGAAGAUAGCCAGCACAUCAGAGUUAAGAGCUACAGACGGGACAGCUUCAAUGUCUUAAUCACUAUGCUGCUGCCAGAUCAGAACUUGAUCGGCAGCAUCUGGAAUUUUAAAUGUAAUGAUUCUUUGUGUCUGCCAUCGAAACGAUGCUGCCUCGCAUACAUCCUCUGUAUAUAUAGGUAUCAAUAGAUGAUACACACAUCAACCAACAAUCGCUCUUUCCUACUCAUCUCUUCCAACUAAAACAGAGAUUAGUUUGAGGAGCAGAUAUGGCUUUCGCCCUAAGAUCGAUAAGCUUGCCUUCUAGGCAUCACAGCAGUGAGGAGGCAGUGCAAGAAGAUCUGUGCAUCCUAGAGACAAGCAUCUCUUCAUCCAUUACCAUUGAGACGAUGUGUGAUGGUUUGAGAAGGCUUGGAGACAUCUAUGGUGCUGUUGAGGAGAUCAUCCAGUUGCCAAGCAACCAAGUCUGCUCCUCCCAGCAGAGGAAGAUGUUGGAUGGAGAGAUGGAAUGUUCUCUCCAGCUGCUGGAUCUCUGCAACACCAUGCAAGAGAUCUUCGUCGAGCUGAAAGCCAUCAUCCAAGAGCUGCAAGUGGCUCUAAGAAAAGGAGAUGAUGCAACUGUCCGUGCCAUGAUCCAUUCUUAUACCCGAUUGGUGAAGAAGGCUGGUAAACAUUGCAAGAAGACUAACAGGAACGUGACUUCUGACAAGAUGGAUUGUCGAGUGGCCAGGCUAUUGACCAAGGCUAGGGAGAUGGCUGUCUCUCUACUUGAGUCCACAGUACACCUCUUGUCGAAGCAAAUUGAAAUGCCUCAACAGUCUCUUGUUUCCAAGGCAUUUCAGAAGAAGAAACUAAUUGUUUGCAAGGAGGAGCAAUUGCAGGAAUUAGAGUGCAGUAUCGGAGAUCUUGUGAGUGGAGCAGGACAUCUGUUCCGGAGAUUGGUCCAGAGCAGAGUUUCUCUCCUUAACAUUCUAGGCUCCUAGAUCUCCAAGAGCCUUGUCACUCUUGAUGUUCUGCGAUUGGCAUCCGACUAUUUGAGGACUAGCCAGUCUUACAUUUCCCCUAUAUGUAUAUACAAUAUAGAUGUACAGAAAGUUACAGAAACAGAACCCAAAGUUUUGAUCUA